AUGUUUCCCCAAGACAAGCUCUUCGUCGACAUACCCAGUAUUUUCAAGCAGUAUGACAGUGAAAACUUCCUCUUCAUUCAAGGAGCCGCAACGAAUCUCAAUCACGGUGAGAGAGCGGUCUCCGUCACCCAGAAAGGCAGCAGCGGCACAAUCGUUCUUUCUUACUACGCUCUGGUGAUUGUCACAGGCGCAUCUACUCCCUCGCCCCUUCUCGGCCUCAAUGAAGACUCUGAGAGUCUACGAAAGAGCUGGCGAGAGAUUCGCAAGCGCUUGCCGCAGGCCAAGAGCAUAGUGGUUGUAGGCGGAGGUCCAGCGGGUGUCGAGACAGCCGGCGAGCUGGGCGAGCAUUUGAACGGCCGAAAGUCGCAACGCCCAAAAGUUCCUAUUACCCUGGUCUCAUCUGCACCUGAAAUUCUUCCCGCCCUUCGCCCUGCUAUCGCCCGCAAGGUAGAAGACUACCUUGCUCAGGUGGGAGUCACUGUGCUGAAAGGGGUUCGGGUGAAGGACGUGAUGCCGGCCGAAGCUGGGAUCACGGGAGUCACGACAAAUGUCAAGGUCAUUCUAGACAGUGGGAAGACGAUUGAGACUGAUCUUUACAUCCCCGCAACUGGCACACGACCGAACACGAGCUUCAUCGACAACGCGCUGCUGCUCUCCGAUAGACGAGUCAAUACCAACUCCCUAACCCUUCGCGUCGAUUCAGCUGGACCCCGCGUCUACGCCAUUGGCGACGCAUCCUCGUUUGCCAGGCCAGCAAUUCACAAUAUCCUUAGUGCUGUCCCGGUCAUGUGCGCCAACAUCAAACGGGACCUACUACUGGCUUCCGAUAGACCGGAGAGCGCCAGUGACAAGGAUAGACUCUUCGAGGAGGACGUCCGCGAAACUCAGUUGGUUCCGGUGGGGAAGAGCAAGGGAGUCGGGGCUGCGAUGGGAUAUCAGCUGCCCAGCUUCAUGGUGUGGAUGAUCAAGGGUCGGGAUUAUUGGUUGUGGACGACGGGGAAUCUUUGGAGUGGGAAGCAGUGGGCUAAGGAGUCUUGA